AUGACGAAGGGCUACUAUGCCGUGUACGUUGGGAGGGUUUCAGGAGUCUACAACCACUGCCAGCCGCUCAGGCCUAGGAGGAGCGCGGCAAGCGGGAGUUUGGCAUCUUCUGUCCUCUGCCCCGUCGCACCACCGUGGUUGCGCCGCCCACGUCCAGACGACGGCCCUCUCCUGCCGCUAGAUGCCUCCGCUGAGACGACGCUGCCAGAGGCAGCGACCAGCAGCCUCACCGGUGCCCUCGCGCGCGAGCGGACAGGCGCCGGAAGAACUUGGUUCCAGCGAUGCUGCAGAUCGCACUCGCGUUGCUGCUCUACAUCGGCCUCGACCUCCCCGAGGCCGUCGCCGCCGUUUCUGUUAAGACUUGUGCGCGGAGGUGGUUUGACGAGCGGGAGACAAGUCACCUGGCCAACUGGGCAAGCACGGCCGGGCACGGCAACACUGAGGAGCUCCCGACGAUUCAUUUCAGCUGUCCAAGUAUUACGGGGUAGAGCUGGAAAUACGGGAGCGGUGUGGGUUUUUCUUGCGGGAAAAGGGACUUGGGCGUGGAAAUCGAUGCGGCCAUUGGAUGAAGAACAACAACAUGCGGUAGGGAGCAUGGAGAGGGAGCAGCCAUGCCGCGUCCUCUUGGCAUCGCUCAUCCCCUCCGUCAAGACGCGUCAAUCUGGCGACCUCGACCCCCCAUGGCUGUGUACUACAGCCAACUCUGGCUGGCCAACUUCCGAUGCGCCCCAGGUGUUCGUGGUAAUGCUCUAAUCACGCGGCGCCUCGUCAAUUGAUCAACAAAAUUCCGUCUGUAGCUCCGGCUCUGCAGCGUGCUUCGGUGGAGCAAUGUGCCAAUAAAAAUAGGAACCUGUGGCCUGCGCCUUAGGCUGUGGUGCCGAACCUUGUUUGCUGCCUUUAGCGUCUCCUUCCUCCCUGUCAUAGAUUUGCACUGGAACCGCAGUGCGUUCCUCGAUUUCGUGGCGCCAAGCUUCAUCACGCUGAUGAGGUACACACUUCCUUUUUUUCCUAACGACAAAUAUACACGCUUCCGUUCUCUCAACUGAUAUGAUACGUUCUUGUGGUACUUGACUAGUUGAUAUGAAUUAUUAAUAACUGGACAAUCAAAAUCCAGGGCUAUCCCCCUGUGUACUUGCCGCUACGUUGUAAUUAUUUUCUGUAAUUCUCGUUAACAUGCCACUGUCUGCA